AUGGACGGCCCAUUCAAUGCCGCAAUUCUCAUCGUCUCAACCACGGCCGCCAGAGAUCCCUCGGCCGAUGCGUCCGCAACGGUCCUCCGCGAGGUGCUGAUGCAGGAUGGCGCUGGCAGGUGGGAUGUCGUCGAUGAACGCAUCGUCUCAGACAACGUCCUUGACAUCCAGAGGAAUAUCAUGCCCUGGACCGAUGGCCCUGAUCCGGUCCAUCUCAUUGUCACUACCGGCGGCACCGGGUUUUCAGUAGCAGAUGUGACGCCAGAGGCUGUUGCCCCAAUGAUACACAAGACAGCUCCAGGCCUGAUCCACGCCAUGCUCUCUGCAUCUCUCGCGAUAACACCAUUCGCCAUGAUGUCUCGUCCCACAGCCGGUGUCAGGAAUAAGACUGUCAUCGUCACCUUGCCCGGCUCGCCCAAAGGGGCCAAGGAGAACCUCCAAGCCAUCAUCAAGACCCUCCCACACGCCUGCCUCCAAGCAGCAGGCGGAAAUUCAAGAGCAUUGCACGCUGGCGGCGUCAAAAAGCUCGAGGCAGAUGCUGGCAUUGAUCGUUCCCCGUCUCAAGCGUCGUCAACACAGCAUCACCACCAUCAUCACCAUGGACACUCUCACGGCUACAGCCAUGGUCCCGAACAGGGUCACGGCCACGCAAAUCUGCAGAGGUUCACCACCCCGAGCUCCACUGGCGCAUCUCAUUUAUCCAACGAUUUCAGCCUGGGCUCCGCGCGACGAUACCGCGAGUCCCCUUAUCCCAUGGUGUCCGUCGACGACGCUCUUGCGUUGAUUUCAGAGCACACCCCUGAGCCACAGACGGAAACCGUCAAGGUCGACGACAAGAUUGUUGGCCUGGUGUUGGCCGAGGAUGUCAAGGCGAAGGAAGAUGUACCCGCCUUCCGAGCCAGCAUCGUGGACGGAUAUGCCGUGGUCGUGCCCAAAGACGGCAACGUCAAAGGCGUCUUCCCCGUCACCGGCAUAUCCCACGCCGCCCCUGGAGAGAUGCCGCCUUUGAAAGAGGGAGAAAUCGCCAGGAUCACAACAGGCGCUCCGCUCCCCCCAGGGACCACCGCCGUCAUCAUGGUGGAAGACACCACGCUCAAGACCAUGACGGACGACGGCAAAGAGGAGAAGGAAGUCGAGAUCCAGGCCGGCGGCGUCACGGACGGCGCCAACGUGCGCGAAAUCGGAAGCGACAUUGCCCAAGGCGCCGUCAUCCUCAAAAGGGGAGAGCAGAUAUCCGGCGUCGGCGGCGAGAUUGGCCUCCUCGCCGCGGUCGGCGUGGCAGAGGCCCAAGUCUUCAAGCGGCCCGUCAUCGGCAUCCUCUCCACCGGCGACGAGAUUGUCGACUACGACCGGCCCGGCGGCCUCAAGCUGGGCGAGGUCCGCGACACCAACCGCAUCACGCUCAUCUCCGCCGCCAGGGAAUGGGGCUUCUCCGUCGUCGACCUGGGCAUCGCCAGCGACAAGCCCGGCACGCUGGAGGAGACGCUGCGCGCCGGCCUGCGCGAGGCCGACGUGCUCAUCACCACCGGCGGCGUCUCCAUGGGCGAGCUCGACCUCCUCAAGCCCACCAUCGAGCGCUCCCUCGGCGGCACCAUCCACUUUGGCCGCGUGGCCAUGAAGCCGGGCAAGCCAAGCACUUUCGCCACCAUCCCCGUCAAGGACAACGCCGGCAACCGCAUCUCAAAGGUCAUCUUCUCCCUGCCCGGCAACCCGGCCUCCGCGCUCGUGACAUUCCACCUCUUCGUCCUGCCGUCGCUGCACAAGCAGUCCGGCGUCACCCCCGUCGGCCUACCCAAGGUCCCCGUCACCCUGGCCCAUGAAUUCGGUCUGGACUCCCGGCCGGAAUUCCAUCGUGCCGUCGUGACCAUCGGCCAGGACGGCCUCCUGACAGCGAGCAGCACCGGAGGACAGCGCAGCUCCAAGGUAGGGAGCUUGAGAUCGGCCAAUGCGCUGCUUUGCUUGCCCGGUGGCAGUGGAAAGUUGGACAAGGGCUCCAAGGUUGAUGCUCUGCUAAUGAAUUCUAUACGCAGAGCAUGA